AUGUCAGCGGACGUUCCGAGCACCAGUCGGUCUUAUUGGACACCUGCGAACCUACUGCUGCACUCAGACGACACCAACCACUGUUUCCCCGCCUCUUCCCCCACGUUGACAAUUAACCCUGAUCUCCCUUCUGCUUUUCGGUCGUCGUUCUCCACCGUCUCCAGAAUUGCAGCUGCGACUCCUGCUCUCGACAUCACUGUGCACGUCCCUGACGCACUGUCAAGCAUCAACCUCACCACUGUCAACUCUAGCGAUGUAGACUCAAUCUGUGCCUGUUAUUACUGCGAUCGCACAUUCACCUCACACAUCGGCCUAGUGGAUCACUUACAAAUUCAUUACACAAAGGUUGGCCUGGAGCACCAACCUACUUUCGCCGCAUCCUCCUCAACUACCCUCACUCCGCCCUGUACAUUCAGUCCCCGCAUGUGCUUAUUAGGCCAAAUUCGCAUUCAAGAAAACCUGCGACAGACAACUGCCGGCUACACCACAGCGCACCUGCACUACACAACAAAAUCACCCAUCGCAAACACUCGAUCGCCACCUCCUACGCAAGCGGGAAGUGUGCUUCUCGACUCGUACUCCAUACGAGUCCUCUGUUGCAUGUGUGAUCCGAAUCUGAGGCUAUCACGUGCGCCAAGCGCAGUGGCUGGCAAAACCGCCGACUGGCGCCUCAACUCCUUCCACGCAGUCAGCCCAGUUGUGUGUGUGUGUGUUUGCGUGGAGUGA